AUGACGUUUUCUCAUCACCGCAUUAUAGAUUUGACGACCGCCGCGGGGGAGAAAGUUAUCGACCGGCCGAACGGCCAGGCCGAUCGCCCUCUCGAGGAUACGAAGGCCGUCGACGCUCCCCACCACGAAAUCGCUCACGUCCGCGGGCUGACACCUGGGUACCCUCAAAUCGAGCAUAUGGACGUCCCCGCAGUCGCUCACCCGAGUAUCGACGCCGCUCCCGAACGCCUCCAUUCCAGGGUAGAGGGUAUGGACCAGGGUCUUAUGGUAGGCGGCGGUCUCCCCCACGACGCUUUUCGCCCCGAAGAGAUGAUCGACCCCGAUCGCCUCCUCCUUCCUGGCGGUCUCGAUCUCCUGCAGGCAGGCCGCGCGAUCUAUCUCGAGAGUUCCGCCGACGCCCCUCGCCGAGAACAGAAUGCUGAUAAGAGAGAGCGACCCUCGUCACGGUCCAGACAAGUAUCACCGGCCCACAUUGUGGCAGCACCCGAAUCUAGCGCCACGUCUAGACGCUCUUCUCCCUCCGUACAUCCCGACCGAACCGGUGCCACCUCUAUUCGCAGUCGCAGCCGAUCACCUAUUCGGCAAUCACCCUCUCUUCGACCACCACUAGGACCCCAGGGCCGAUCCCCGUAUCGAGAUCCCCAUCGUGAAUCGGAGACCCUAGGUCCCCGAAAGCCGCAGGAUGACUAUACUCGUAAUUUGGAAAAGGCACCCACGGAUCAAGGUCAACUAAGCGGUGGUCGAUCACCUGGCAACAUCCCUACGCAACCAAGGAGCUCUGGGAUCCAUCAACCCCCGCCCUCGGGGCCCUCACAGGGGCCAAAGGUGGCCGCUCCUGGGCCUAAUAGAGGCCCUCACAAUAUGUCUUUGUUGUCUGCGCCCACCCGGCCUCGUCGGGGGCCCGGUUCGAGAGACGGCCCAUGGGGUGGGUCUUCUAUGGCGCGCCGUGGACCGCCCGCCGCGCCAGCGGCCCAUGGCGUGCCCUCUGGACCACGAGCCUCCUUUUCGUCGCCCGCAACAGGAGUUGGAGGAGGUCACUAUCGACAUGUAGGUGCUCGACAACACAGUGUGGCAUCUGCCAAUCCACCGGCAGGACCGAAGGGUCCGAGUCAUCUUGCUGGGUUGAGCUCAAUUACCCCUGGCGGGAGGGUCUUCCCGUCGACGCUGGAUCCCGCAACGGAAAAGCGUCUUCUUCAGCUCGAAACCGAUCGAGAAAAGCUCCUUGAACAGGUGAUGGAGACUCAAAGAUCUAAACGAGCCGGCUUGCGCGACUGGGAUCGACUGGAUCGAGAGAGUUCCAUCUGUGCUCUCAAGAGCGAGUUGGCGGAGGGCCAUCUACAACGCAUGGCUGAGGAGAGCAGCAUUGGGGGUGGCGUUUUAUUCUGA